GCACCUCUUUGGACUGGAAACACGGGACCCGGUCGCGUCACUCCGUGCAGGAUGAGGACACUAUUUUGAAGCAAAUUAGCGUUAGUUGAAGAGAAACCACCUGGACUGUGUUUUUUAUUGUUAUUUAUUUUAGACUGAAUUCAUCCUGAUUGAAGCAACAUGCAGCAGCCCGAAACGCAACAGAGCAGUCAGCAAACAACCACAGAAACUCAGGAUUCUGCAGGUCUCUAUGUCCGCAGAAGGAGGACGGCUCUGUGGGUGACCGUGUCUCUGCUGGCGUUGUCUUUGGUGGUCCUCACCGUCGGUCUCGUCUCGGCCACACGCACUGACAACGUGUCCGUGUCUGGAUAUUACCCCGGCAUCACUCUCAGUUUUGGAGCGUUUCUGGGAAUUGUUGGCAUCCACCUGGUGGAAAACCGCAGACCCAUGGUUGUGGCUGCAAUAAUCUUCAUCAGCAUCGGAGUUAUUACGUCUUUCUUGUGUGCCAUUGUGGAUGGGAUUAUUGCUUCAGAGUUCAUUGACGUACGGCCUUUGGAGCAGAACAUGUGUAACUAUUACAGCAGUGGAUCAGGUUACGCCUACGAUAACUACUUUACUGAGCAGGUGGCGUGCCGCUCGUUCAAUAAAGCCUGCUCGCUUAGAGUUCGGAGCAACACCUGCUACUGCUGCUACCUUUACUGUGAGAGCUCAGACUACCACCCCCAAUACUACGAGUUCACGGGGGUCAGCGGCUGCUUCGACGCCAUCCACCUGUACCGACUGCUGUGGGCCUCCGUGGUGCUGAACGUGAUCGCCAUGUUCCUGGGCAUCAUCGACGCCGCCAUCCUUGGAGCAUACAAGGAUUUGCAGAAGCCCUCUGCUCAGAUUGCUCCGAGCCCCGCGCCUCCACCCCAUAUCCUCUACAACCCGACCCAGCACAUGCUCUCCUACUCGGGCUUCUGCCCGUCAGGCCAGGCUCUGCCCGCCUACCCAAACUACCCCACACCCAUGCAGCAUACCAGCAGCUUCCAAGCACCUGCCACCCCCCAGAUGAUCCCUGACGGAGGCUCUGGCGCCAACCCCUCUGAGGAGAGCCAGAGCCAGCAGCCUGCCCACAUGCCCACCCAGCCACUGUCUCAGGGAGCCACUCAGGACCCCGGAGGCUACAUGCUGACCCCCAAUGCUCCCAUCCUGUACGGAUCCACUUACAGCCCCUUCGAGAAGCCCCCACCGUAUGCCUGCUGAGCCCCGACACGCACACGCAAGGAAGUGGAGGAGGAUGUCUUCACCUGGUGCAGCACAAGACUUUUUGUAGGUUGUCUUUGUGGAGAGAAAACUCACUACAUUUCAGUUCUGUCUUAUGGGUUUUAACUGAUCACAGACUGAUAGAUGUGUAUCUUUAUGUUUCCUGUGGUUACUUGAGGAAAUCAGCUCAGUUAUCCGAUUUUCAACAUAAGAUUAGAAUUCGUCUCUCAUAAAGAGUCUAAAACCAAUCAAAUGUACCACCCCUAAACAGCAACUUGCCUCGUCAGUAUUUCAAAAACAGAAGGAUACACGCUUACUCCUGCAGCUGGUUUAGUCGAUCAGACGCAAGCAAGUAAAGGGAGAAAGCAAACUCCUCACAGGCUCAAGCUGACACUAAAAUAUGGGAUUUUAUUUAUGGAGGAUCGCUACAA